CCAGGCCAGGCCGGUGUGCUUCCGCCUUCGCGCCGCGAAAGUAGUCCCGGUGUGUUGUUUGAACUCCCGCUCCGUGCCCGGUUGCUGGCUUCCCUGAAGUGGUGAGAGGUAAUAACGGUUGAUGGGUCCUGAAUUCUGUUUGUUUAUUGUUUCAAUAUGUGCACUUGUCCCCUUGUCGAGCAGGACACCUUCCAUCAAGAAGCCCAGGCUUUCUGUGUCUGAUGGCCAGGGACUGCACAGAGAACUGAGAAGACAUUUCCAGUGCUCCUAGACUUCUGAAUGCCAGCAGGGAAGAGAAAUGGAGAACUUGGUGGCUGGCUCCACCCUUCCUCCACUUUUUGCAGAUGAAGAUGGAACUAAGGAAAGUAGUGAAAUUACUGUAACUGGAUUAGCUCAUUCUGAGAGUUCAUUCAGUGGUGGAACUUCACAGUCUGUCAAUAACCCAGAUUUGGUGGAGGAUUUGUCACAGGCUCAGCAGCUGCAAAAUGAGUCCUCUAAUACUGCUGAAAACACUGAGCAGAAGCCUGAGGAGGAGCAGCAAAGAACUAAACGAGGAGGCUGGGCCAAAGGGAGGAAGAGGAAGAAACCCCUUAGGGACACCAAUGCCCCCAAGUCGCCCCUCACAGGGUAUGUGCGGUUCAUGAAUGAGCGUAGGGAGCAGCUUCGAGCAAAGAGACCUGAAGUCCCUUUCCCAGAGAUCACCAGGAUGCUGGGCAAUGAAUGGAGUAAGCUGCCUCCUGAGGAGAAACGGCGAUACCUUGACGAAGCAGAUAGAGAUAAGGAGCGUUACAUGCGGGAGCUGGAGCAGUAUCAGAAGACUGAAGCCUACAAAGUCUUUAGCAGGAAAGCACAGGACAGACAGAAAGGCAAAUCACACAGACAAGAUGGAGUAAGACAGCCAGCCCAUGAUCAUGAGAAGGAAGCGGAUACAAAGGAGAGAUCUGUUUUUGAUAUUCCAAUCUUUACUGAAGAGUUCCUGAAUCAUAGUAAAGCACGUGAAGCUGAGCUGCGGCAGCUGCGUAAAUCCAACAUGGAGUUUGAGGAGAGGAAUGCUGCUCUGCAGAAGCACGUGGAGAGCAUGCGCACUGCGGUGGAGAAGCUGGAGGUGGAUGUGAUACAGGAGCGGAGCCGCAACACGGUGCUGCAGCAGCACCUGGAGACCUUACGCCAAGCACUCACCACCAGCUUUGCUGGAGUCCCACUACCAGGCAGUGGGGAGACACCCACAAUGGAAACCAUUGACUCCUACAUGAACAGGCUACACAGUAUUAUUAUGGCCAACCCACAGGAGAAUGAGAACCUUAUAGCCACAGUGCGAGACGUGGUGAACAGACUGGAACGCUAGUGACUGGGUCUCGUGGCCCAGGGAUGCUUUACAAAGUAUUUUUGGCCAGUGUGGAAUAAGAAGCCAUCAGGGAAAGACUAGGGGUGGGAGGCAGAAUUGCAGGUUUGUCCUGAUCGCUGCCUUUGUGGUUUGUCAGUGAGACAAACAGAUCAAUGCAUUACAGGGUCUUAAAAAGCCACGGGCACCACCCACUAAAUAUUUGGAACUGUCCUCUGUGUAAGCAUUUAGGAGCAUGCAACUUCUGUGCAAUCUUCAGUUUGUUGCUACUUUCGCUGGGUGUGAGGGUGUGUAUGUUCUGUAGACUGGCUGACAGUGGAGAUGAAAUCUCACAGUUGGUGAAAUGAAGUCAGCCUUCAUGUUGUAGUAACAACCUCGAUGUGUUAUAUUUCCCACUGUCUUCUAGUGUCUUUUAUUUUGUUUUUGUUUAUCUUGUGGGAUUAUUUUCCUCCACUUUUCUUCUUUUGGUCUUGUUAGCUGAUACUUGCAGUCCGCAUAGCAGCGCUUGUGUUCUCUGCUGUAAGAGACAGUCUUCCUAGCUGCACUGUCUUGUCCUGCCCUGCCUGCUAUGUUUGUAUGAGCUUUUCUUGAGCAGAAUCCUGAUUUUGUGUUAGCCUGCAACUCUUACGAAUGUGAAUUUGCUUCCUGCUAGAGACUGGCUGUGCUUGAUACUUUGUGAUUGAUUCCACUAUGAGACAGACUUCCUCUCUCCCUGCCUCUCUUCAAGCGCCUCUCUUGCACAUAGCAUUCUGCUCUUCUCUGAAGGUCUCCUGUUAUCUUUUGAAAACAUUUGGUGGAGCAUUUUACUACUGCAAAGGUCAGUGAUAAUCAAGAUAGAAAGUGAAAUGUUAGUUCUUUCAGUUAGCUGGGAAAAUAGGAAUCUCCAUUUUAGACUGGAAACACAAAGCUUGCCUUUCCUGUGAUAUGUUGCUCAGUCUGACUUAAUGUUAAUGCUUUGUUUUUGAGAGAAUGAUCUCAUGAUGAGAGUGAUAUCUAUAAAACGAGAAAUGAGCAGAGGAAUUGCCUUUUUUUUUUUCCUGCCCUUCUGAAAUUGCAGUGCUGGGAAGCAAUAUGCCUGGAAGCAGCACAUGUAUUUUUGGCAUUAAUUGUUAGAGCAGAGAAGGUUAUUAGUAGCUAGGUCCACAUAGCAGCCCACAGAAUGCUACAUUAUAGCCCACAAGUGCUUUCACCUUUUGUACAGUGAAAAGUACAGCCUGUGAAGCCUGUAGCAUUCAGCAUUUUAUGUUCCAGUGUGACCUAAAUGGCCUUUCACUUACAUCAAGUGGAACUCUGCAUGCUAAGGUUUGUAAUCUUGCUGAGCUACACUGCACCUCCUGUCAAAGUUGAAGGCACCUACUGUCUGCACUAACUUAUGCAAAUAAUUUGUUGCCCUUUACUUCCUGUCAAACUGUUAAUCAUGACUUUGGUUCAGUACUUGCUGGACAUUUAUGGGCUUUAUGGUAGUGCUUGACAUGUUCUUUCUUUCAUAUGACAAUCUCCUUGCUUCUCCUUAAGAAACCUUUAAGAUUUCCCAGUUACGAAUUGGAGAUUGCUUUCUUUACUGGAGUGCACUGCAGUUGGCAUUACUUUGAUGUAUCUGUAACACAAAUAUUUGAAGACGAAAAAGCAGUUUCUUCUCUUCCCACGGGGUACACAUGGACUUCAUGCUUGCCUGAAGCCAUCUCCAGGUCAACGCUUUGUAUGUCAGGCCUUCGCUUACUCAUGGGCUUAACUGCUGUAGCCAAGCAGCAAGGAUUUCCAUGUAAAUUCAAGUCUUCCUUCAGGGAGGAAACUCCUUUCUCUUGUCUUCAGUCUCAUCUUCAAGACUUCACAAAAUGAACCUCAAUUUGCUGCAUUGACCUCCAUUUUUCUUGGCAUGAAUGAGACCAACUGAUGUUGGCAUGAACUUUUUAAGUGGAUUCCAUAACAAAUACUGUGAGGGGUAAAAAUCCUACAGGUGUCUGAUGUCUCCAGAAGAACCACAAAUACCUUCAUCUUCUGUAUGCAUCUUGUUUUUUAGAACUGGUGAUAUUUGACUUUUAUUGAAGUGGCCAAAAUGCACUGCAUAGCCAAAUGUUGAUUUACAAAAUUCUAAAGUUCCGUUUGAGGCAUCUUACCUAAUAUCUGAAGUUGUAUCCCAUAAUGACUCCAGAAAUUGUUGUGUAAAAUGAUGGCAGGAUGCAAUUCCAGGAUGUGGCAUACACACUGUAAAUAAGGUAUGGGUGGCUGCAGAUUGCCCCUGCUCACAUAAAUUCAGUGCAGCUGUCGGCUCGUGGCGUGCUAAUACAUCAUUCUGUGAGCAGCAUGCAGGUGCUAGGGGACAGGAAAUUGAAGGUGAUAUGAUUAGCUGAGGGCUGACAAAUCUCUUGCUUUUUCCCAGAAGGAAGGAGGGAAGGUGGGGUACACAUCUGAAAGCAUCUGGGGGAAGACUUAAGUUCUUGCUCACCAAUGUUGUGACAGAUGAUGUUUUGUCUCAUUAAGAAGCUUCUUAUUUAUAUCGAUUAAUCUUAUAAAAAUGAAUUCUGUCUUUCCAGUGUUUUCUGAGUGUCACUUCAGUUUACAUUUUUCAGUGUUGGCUGAUACAAAAAAGUAAAAAAUGAAGUGGGUGUCAAGGAGAGGAGUGGGAUAAAGUGCUUUUGUCACUUAGAGAAUGCUAAGAGAAAUAUAUGAAAACAGAAUCCAUUUACUGGAUUUAUGUGUUGGGAAUUGUUGAGAUGCCAAGCUUUCUGUACAAUGUUUUUGUAAUUAAACUUUGGAGUUCCUUUGUUUUUAAGAAGUUGAUGUGCAUGUUUGACACUUGCUUCAUUAAAAUUAUUCAACACUGAA